AUGUUCAUCAAUCAUCCGGCUACCAUUCUAUUUGUAUCAAUCUCAAUCCUUGCCAUUUGUACAGGAGUGUUCGGUUAUAUGUCCCUCUUUGGUGUGACACUCGAUCCCAUAGUGAUGUCCAUUUCGAUUAUGUGCGUUGGCUUCAGUGUCGAUAUACCGGCUCAUGUGUCAUUCCAUUUCCAUGCGUCAAGAACACAUGUGAUGAACGAUCAACUUGCCCAUCAUAGUAAUAAAUGUGAGAAGUUUCUUAGUCCCGGGGAUGAUGCAACGUAA